AUGGCUCCUCCAGUCUGGACUCUGGUGCUGUUGGUGGGCGCUGCCUGGGGCCGUAAAGAGAAGCCUCCGGACUGGAAGCCAGGUGACCGCAGCUCUACGGAUAACUCUAUUCUCACCCAGUGUGACUUUGAGGAUGACGCCAAACCCCUCUGUGACUGGACCCAAGAGUCCACAGAUGACGGGGACUGGAUUCGAACCAGUGGGCCCUCCCCCACUGGCAGCACCGGUCCCCCCGGGGGGUACCCCAAUGGAGAGGGCCACUACCUCCACAUGGACUCGAACACCUUCCACCGUGGCGGGGUGGCCCGCCUACACAGCCCCCCACUAUGGGUGCAAGGUCCCCUCUGUGUGUACUUCGCCUACCACAUGUUUGGGUUGUCGUGGGGAGCCCAGCUCAAACUGCUGCUGCUCAGGGACACCAAGAAAAAGCACCCCAGCCUGCUCUGGAAACACAUUAACACCCAGAGGCCCUCCUGGAUGCCCACCGCUGUCACCGUGCCUAUGGGACUUGCCCUGCCCAGCCGGUUGACGUUUGAAGGAAUGAGGGGCAGCACGGCAUACCUGGACAUCUCUCUGGAUGCCAUCUCUAUCCAUCGGGGUUCCUGCAAUCGGGUCUGCAUGAUGCAAACGUGUAGCUUCGACAUUCCAAAUGAUCUCUGUGGCUGGAGCUGGAUCCCAACAGCCUCUGGUGCUAAGUGGGUCCAGAAGAAAGGAUCGUCCAAGGUGCCAAACGUGGGGCCUGAGGAUGAUUUCUCUAGCCCUGGUAGUGGCUUCUACAUGCUCCUGGACCCCAAGAAUGCAAAACCAAGGCAGAAAUCUGUCCUCCUGAGCCCCCUGAGACAUUCCUCUGGCUGUAUGAGCCUGUCCUUCCACUACAUCCUCCGUGGCCAGUCACCUGGUGCAGCCCUCACCAUCUACGCUGCCAUCUUGGGCAGCAUCCGGAAACACACUCUCUUCUCAGGACAACCUGGACCCAACUGGCAGCCUGUUUCCGUCAAUUACACAGGCCAGGGACAAAUUCAGUUCACCGUGGUGGGUGUGUUUGGAGAGACCCCAGAGCCAGCUGUGGCAGUGGAUGCAAUCAGCAUUGCUCCCUGUGGGGAGGGCUUUCCUCAGUGUGACUUUGAAGAUGAUGCCCAUCCCUUCUGUGACUGGGCCCAGGUAUCAGGGGAUGGCGGACACUGGACCCGAGGAAAUAAAAAUAUACACAUCCAGGGUGCAGGCAAUUUCGGAGGUCCCUAUAUUUACGUGGAGACUAACAAGUUCUCUGUGGCAGGCCAGUCUUUCAGACUGGUGAGUCGGCCCUUCUGUGCCCCGGGCGCGAUCUGUGUGGAGUUUGCCUACCACAUGUAUGGCCUUGGAGAGGGCACUAAGCUCAGUCUCCUGCUGGAGAGUCCUGCGGGCAGUGCCCCAUCUACUCUCUGGCACCGCAUUGGGUCUCAGAGUCCCGACUGGCUGAACACUUCUGUCACCAUCCCGUUGGGGCAUCAACAACCCAUGCAGCUGAUACUUGAGGCCAUCCGGGGUACCAACACUGCCUUUGUUGUUGCUGUGGGGUUUAUCUUGAUCAAUCAUGGGACUUGUCGAGUCCCCACAGAAAAACCCACCAUCCCUACUGAAAAGACCACCAUUCCCACAGCAAAACCCACCAUUCCCGCUGAAAGGUUCACAAUCCCUACAGAAAAACUCACUACUACUGUCCCCACAGAAAAACCCACCAUCCCCACUGAAAAGACUACCAUUCCCACUGAAAAGAGCAUCCCCACAAAAAAAUCCACUGUCCCUACUGAAAAGCCCGUCAUCCUCACAGAACAGCCCACUGUCCCCACUGAAAAGCCCAGCAUCCCCACUGAAAAGAUCACCAUUCCCACAGAAAAACCCACCAUCCCCACUGAAAAGACCACCAUCCCCACAGAAAGACCCAUCAUCCCCACUGAAAAGACCUCCGUCCCCACAAAGAGACCCACCAUCCCCACUGAAAAGACCUCCGUCCCCACAGAAAGACCCACCAUCCCCACUGAAAAGACCACCAUCCCCCUUGAAAAGACCACCAUGCCCACAGAAAAAUCUACUGUCCCCACUGAAAGGCACACAGCUCCUACAACACCCCAGCUGAGUCCAACACUUGUACCAGUUGGGCCAGCAGUCUUGGUGAUGCCUUCUACUACUGCUCCAAGUACCUCUAUGACCACUACAACCCCUAGACCUACUCCAGCGAAGUGCCCCCCAAAUGCCCACUACGAUCCCUGUGCCUGCCCAGCAUCCUGCGAGAGACCUAAGCCCAGCUGUGGGCCCCUUUGCAAACCCGGCUGUGUCUGCAAUUUUGGCUUUUUGUUUCGUGAAUCCAACUGCAUCAGAGCCUCUUCCUGUAACUGCUUCUACAACAACAAAUCCUAUAAGCCUGGGGCAAAGUGGUUCAGCUCUAAUUGCACAGAACACUGCCACUGCAGGCCUGGCAGUCAGAUAGAGUGCCACCUCGCUAGGUGUGGGACAAACACGGUGUGCCAGCUGAACAACGGCCAGUACGGAUGCCAACCCUAUGGCACUGCCACCUGCGCUGUCUAUGGAGACCCGCAUCAAGUUACCUUUGAUGGGAGGCACUUCAGCUUCUUGGGAAAAUGUACCUACAUCUUGGCCCAAACCUGUGGCAACUCAACAGAGCCAUUCUUCAGGGUGGCGGCUAAGAAUGAGGAUCGAGGACAGAAAGGCAUGUCCUACCUGAGCAAAGUCUACGUGACCCUGCCUGGGGUCACCAUCACACUACUCAAGGGCAGGGAAACGCUGGUUGGGGGUCGGCAAGUCACGCUCCCUGCCAUACCUUCUAAAGGCAUCUUCCUGGCUUCAAGUGGCCGAUUUGUGGAGUUGCAGACGUUUGGUUUGCGGGUGAGAUGGGAUGGUGACCAGCAGCUGUAUAUGAAUGUGCACAGCACCUACUCUAGGAAACUCUGUGGCUUCUGUGGCAACUACGAUGGGGACCGUAGCAACGACAACCAGAAGCCAGAUGGCACACCAGCACUGGACGCAGAGGAGCUGGGCAACAGCUGGCGGAUGGCGGAGGACGAGGACAAGGAGUGUCCGAAGAACACGACAAAUCCUUCGUCUUGCAAGUUGGGUUUUCUGAACAGUCUGUCGGGACUCCUGUACUGUGGACGGCUCACGGACACCCACGGAGCCUUUGAGGCCUGUCUGCCUCACCUCAAGAUCUCUCGGUUCUUCAAGAACUGCAUUCUUGACGUGUGCAAAUCCAAGGGGCUGCAGUCGGGGCUGUGUCUCCACAUGGCAGUCCUGACCGAGAUCUGCCAGGAGGCUGGCUACCCAGUGAAGCCCUGGAGGGAACCCCAGUUCUGCCCUCUGACCUGCCCACCCAACAGCAGGUACACUGUGUGUGCCAGGCCUUGCCCUGCCACCUGCCAUUCCGGGUUCUUCGGCAUGUCCUGCCAGAAACGGUGUGUGGAGGGCUGCGAGUGCAACCCGGGCUUCGUCCUCAACGGCCUCCAGUGUGUCCUCCCAUCCCAGUGUGGGUGCCUCGAGCCCACAAUGGGCUACCUCAAGGUAGGGGAGCAGUGGUUCAAGCCAGGCUGCAGAGAGCUCUGUGCCUGUGAGGGCAAGAAUAGAAUUCACUGCCGACACUGGAAGUGCCAGUCCCAGGAGGUCUGUGCUCAGUACAAUGGCACCUAUGGCUGUCAUGCCCGAGAGUCUGCCACCUGCGCUGUCUCGGGGGACCCCCACUACUUGACGUUUGACGGAGCCCUGCACCACUUCAUGGGCACCUGUGCCUAUAUCCUGACCCAGCCUUGCCAGCCUACACCUCUAGAGAACUUCACGGUGAGCACCACCAGUGAGUUUCGCAGUGGAAACUUGGAGGCCUCCUACGUCAGAGCUGUCAAUGUGCAGGUCUUCAACCUGAAAAUCUCACUGAUCAAAGGUUACAAGGUCAUGCUGAAUGGUCGCCGGGUGGCCCUGCCUCUGUGGCCUGCACAAGGCCGGGUGAGCAUAAGGCCCAGUGGCUCCUUUAUCCUCCUCUACACGGACUUUGGGCUUCAAGUACGUUAUGACGGGAACCACCUGGUUGAAGUGACUGUGCCCUCCUCAUAUGCUGGCCAGCUCUGCGGGUUGUGUGGCAACUACAACAACAAUAGCCUGGAUGACAAUCUGCUCCCCAACAAAAGGCCCGUGUCUGGCUCUGCCUACCUGGGGGCCGCCUGGAAGUUACCUGAGUACUCUGAACCAGGGUGCUUUUUGAGGGGUGCCAAGCCCUUCAGAUGCCACAGUGCCAGUGAAGCAAACAGGUGGCGAAAGGGUUGUGAUAUCUUAAGGAGCUAUAGGGGACCCUUUUCCCAGUGCCACAGCAUGGUGUCUCCCCAGUCCAGCUUCGUCAGCUGUGUGUAUGGUCAGUGUGUGACCAAGGGCGACCCCCUGACCCUGUGCCGCUCCCUGCAGGCCUAUGCAUCCCUGUGUGCCCACGCCGGCCAGGCCCUCAGCUGGCGGAAUAGCACCUUCUGCCCUCUGAAGUGCCCUUCUGGCAGCAACUAUAGCCACUGUGCCAACCCCUGCCCUGCCACCUGCCUCAGCCUGAACACCCCAAGAGACUGCCCAGCAGUGCUGCCCUGUACCGAGGGCUGUGAGUGCCAGAAAGGCCACAUCCUGAGUGGAACCUCCUGUGUGCCCCUCAGCCAGUGUGGCUGUGUUGACCAGGAGGGUUACUACCACCUGGUGAGGGAGAGCUGGUACACAGACAGCUUCUGCUCCAGGCUCUGCACCUGCUCCACUCACAACGUCAUCUCCUGCCACCAGGCCACCUGCAAGACUGGCCAGUUGUGCCGGCCAGUGGAUGGGUUGCUACGCUGCCAAGCUUUGGGUAUGGGAGUGUGCCAUACCUCAAACUACUCCCAGUACGUGACAUUCGAUGGCACUCACCAUAUCUUCAGGGGCACCUGCACUUAUGUCCUGGUGAAAGUGUGCCACUCCACCAUGGACCUGCCUUUCUUCAAGAUCAGUGGCAAGCACAGGAAGCAGAAAGGCCAGUCUGAUGCUUCCUACCUCUACCAGGUCAAUGUUGACAUCUUCAAUACUCAGGUCACCUUGAAAGGUGACAAGCGUGUGCUGAUCAACGGCACACAGGUUACCCUUCCCUCGACCACCCAGAUCCAGGGGGUCCGAAUCACUACCAGUGGCAUCUACACCUUGCUCAAUGUUAACAUCGGGCUGCAGGUCAAGUUUGACGGCAAUGGUUUCUUAGAGGUCGAGCUCCCUACAGUCUAUUACCAAAAGGUUUGCGGCAUAUGUGGAAACUUCAAUGGUGAGGAAGAGGAUGAGCUCAUGAUGCCCGAUGAUGAACUAGCCCAGAAUGACAGUGAAUUUGUUGACAGUUGGCAAGAUAAAGAGUCUAACCCAAAUUGCCAGCAAGAUGACCAGAAGAUCCAAGCAGAAAGGCAGAAGUUAGAUAUAAACUGCAGCACAGCUGACAUAGCGAGAGCUCAAGAACAAUGCCAGGUGGCCUUUGAGGCUCCAGCCUGGGCUCAAUGUGCCACCCGUGUGGUCCCCAGGCGCUUCCUGCUCCUCUGUAUCCAAAAGCUCUGUCGUUUUGGACGCCUGAAGAGCGCCCUCUGUGGGUCUUUGGAAACCUUCGGAGCCGCCUGCAAGGCCAAGGGGCUCAAGCCCCCAAUCUGGAGAAACAGCAGCUUCUGCCCUCUGAAAUGUCCCGCCCACAGCAGCUAUUCCACCUGCCUUCCUACCUGCUCAGCUUCCUGCAUGGACCAGUGCAGUGGCUCCCAAGUCCCCUCCGUUUGCAAGGAGGGCUGCAUUUGUCAGCCUGGCUAUGUGCUCAGUGGGCAGCAGUGUGUGCCCAGGAGUCAGUGCGGCUGCACGGAUGACUAUGGCAGCACCUUCCCAGAAGGUAAGACCUGGAUUGCCAUUCACUGCACCAGAAGCUGUUCUUGCACUGAAGGAAGUGUUCACUGCCAGCAGUUCUCUUGCCCUGCUGGCUCGCAUUGUGAGCCCAAACCGGGUGGCGUUGGCAGCUGUGAAUUGAACAGGUCAGAACAAUGCUCCAUUUACGGGGACCCCCAUUACCGUACGUUUGAUGGCCUCGGCUACCUCUUCCGGGGCCGCAUGACCUACACUCUGAUAAAGACCAUAGACGUGCUCCCUGCUGAGGUGGUGCCUCUGGUUGUGGAGGGGCGCAACAAAGUGUAUUCGUCCUGGAGCCCGGUCUUCCUGCACGAAAUCAUCGUGAUUGUCUACGGCUUCACAGUCCAGCUCCAGGCUGAUCUGCAGCUUGUGGUCAACAACCAGAAAAUGGCCAUCCCCUUCACGCCCAACAACCAUCUGCAUGUUACCAUGCGGGGCCAUCGCCUAUAUCUGAUAACAGACUUCAAGAUGAUUGUCACCUUUGAUGGAGGCAAAAACGCAGUCAUCACGCUGCCCAAUAUGUAUAAGAAGCUGGUGCUUGGCCUGUGUGGGAACUUCGAUGGGAACAAAAGGAAUGACUUUAUGCUGCCCAAUGGCACUGUCACUGACAGCCUUGUCAGCUUUAGCCACAGUUGGGAGGUACAGAAGAUCACGGGAGGUGGUCUCGCCCGCUUCUCAAGGGCCAUUCAAGAGAAGGAAGAGAAGGAAGAGGAGGAGUUAGGCUUCCACGCAUCAGAAUGCAGCAUGGAGCAGCUGCAGCUCAUCAAUAGCACCCAGGGGUGUAGGGUGCUGGUGGACCCCUAUGGACCCUUUGCUGCCUGUCAUCAGACUGUGGCCCCGGGGCCUUUCCAGGAGCACUGUAUGUUUGAUCUGUGUGCCGCCCGGAACUCCAAAGAGCAGGAGGAACUGCGCUGCCAGGUCCUCAGUGGGUACGCCAUCAUCUGCCAGGAGGCGGGCGCCACCCUGGCCAGUUGGCGGGACCACACCCACUGUGCCUUGGCAUGUCCGGCCAACACCGUCUAUCAGAGCUGUAUGACGCCAUGCCCAGCCUCCUGUGCCAACCUGGCAGCCCCCAGGGACUGUGAGGGGCCCUGCGUGGAAGGCUGUGCUAGCCUCCCCGGCUAUGUCUAUAGCGGUGCCUGGAGCCUUCCCCUGGCCCACUGCGGCUGCACCAACAACGGCGUCUACUACCAGCGCGGUGACAGCUUUGUGACUGAGGACUGCUCCCAGCGCUGCACCUGUGCCAGCUCUGGUGUGCUGCUGUGUGAGCCACUGAGCUGCCGUGCUGGGGAGAUCUGCACCCUGGGGAACCUCACUCGCGGCUGCUUCCGAGAGAGCCCGUGUCUACAGAACCCCUGUCAGAAUGAUGGGCGGUGCCAGGAGCAGGGAACCCACUUCACCUGUGAGUGUGAGCUUGGUUAUGGGGGACACCUCUGUACAGAGUCUCGGAAUGUGCUACCUCCCCAAAAACCAGAAGCAUCCAACUUUGUGGCCAUCCUGUUGGGGAUGCUUGUACCAGUGCUGGUCUUAGUGCCUGCCGUGACCAGGGCAUGUGUUUCCAGGAAGAAGAGGAGGAGGAAGAGGGAGAAAACGCAGAGCUAGAGCAGAGGCAGGCUGGCAGACACUGGUGAGAACCAUCCCCACCCCAGAACUCCAGCAGCUAGAAGCUGAGUCUG